GGAACUUGUGGUCUCGGAGUCGCUGAGAUGCCUAAAGCGAAGGGAAAGAAUCGACGGCGGAAAUUCGGUUAUAAUGUUAACCGUAAGCGGCUGAACCGGAACGCGCGGAAGAAAGCAGCGCCGAAGAUUGAGUGCUCCCACAUCCGUCAUGCUUGGGAUCGCUCCAAGUCCGUACAGCAGAACCUGGCGGAGAUGGGCCUGGCCAUGGACCCCAACCGGGCUGUGCCUAUUCAGAGAAAGAUAACACUAAUGGAUGUGGAUGUUAGCAAGGGAAAAAAGCCCAAGAAGAUAGUGCGGAAACCCUAUGUCUUGAAUGACCUGGAAGAAGAGGCAAGCCUGCCUGAGAAGAAGGGAAAUACCCUUUCGCGGGACCUCAUUGACUACGUACGCUACAUGGUUGAGAAUCAUGGGGAGAACUAUAAGGCAAUGGCCCGGGAUGAGAAGAAUUACUAUCAAGAUACGCCAAAGCAGAUCAAGAGCAAGAUUAAUGUAUACAAACGCUUUUACCCUCAAGAGUUUCAAACCUUUAUUGAUUCCCUGGAGAAAAACAAAAUGGAAGUAGAGUAAGGGCUUUGUGCUGCAAGCAAGUUGUGUCUUAGCGAAGUGACUUGUUGAGCCUUUGGUGGAAUGAUGGCUUGGAGAACUAGAUGGAAAAAUACAUCUGUAAGAAAGGAUUCCUUCCCAUGCUUUCCUAAGGGUUUUACCCAAUUUUUUCUUCCCAGCUAGUGGUGGAUCCUAGAGACUCUGCUUCUUGAAGUAAAAAACAAAUUUUAGGGAGUUGGGGGGAAGGGAAGAAGCCACAACAAGCUGCCUCUAUUGAAGAGAUUUUUUAAAAUGAAGUCUUGGAACAUUAAAGCUCAUGUGGUAUUUGAAGCUUUUAAA